AUGACGCUAUCAAAGCCAUUGCUUUCGAAGGAUGAUGAACGAGCUCUUCAGCUACUUACCUCCAGGACUCUGCUGAAGGAUGGGCACUAUGAAAGUGCAUUGCUCUGGCGAUAUGAUACUCUACGUCUGCCAGAUAGUAAGGGGAUGGCUCUCAAGAGGUUGAUAUGUCUAGAGAGAAGAAUGGGUCGUGAUGCUGAACUUGCUAACACUCUUCGCGCAAAGAUAGUCGAGUAUGAACAGAAGGCAUACAUACGAAGGUUAACGCCGAGAGAAGCUUCAACUAAACAUCCACGGGUGUGGUACCUGCCGAUUUUCCCUGUAUUUAAUCGAAAUAAACCAGGGAAAUUACGGAUCGUUUGGGAUGCAGCAGCUACAGUUGGUGGAAUAUCGCUCAACUCACUCCUGUUAAGUGGUCCGGAUCAGCUAACAUCUCUGCCAUCGGUGCUCUAUGGAUUUCGGGAGUUUCGAAUUGCGAUUACCGGAGAUAUACGCGAAAUGUUCCAUCAGGUGCUUAUGAAUGAAGAUGAUCAAAAUAGUCAACGUUUCUUGUGGAGAGAUGGUGAUUCCAGCCGUGAACCGGAUGUAUACGUCACAAGGGUGAUGACUUUCGGAGCAACAUGCUCUCCUAGCUGCGCACAGUUUGUGAAGAACGCCAAUGCGGUCCGAUUCCAGCACAGGUUGCCCCGAGCAGUAGAAUGUAUCAUCAAGGAACACUAUGUCGAUGACAUGCUAGCUAGUGUCGAGUCCGAGCAGGAAGCAGUGCGACUAGCCAAUGAGGUUCGCUACAUUCAUUCAGCGGCCGGCUUCGAAAUUCGCAACUGGCUUUCUAACUCAAGGCGAGUUUUAGAGGGUCUGGAUGGGCAUCAGCUAGCGAAGAAAAAUAUGAAUUUUUCUUCUGAAAUGGCAACGGAAAAGGUCCUCGGGAUGUGGUGGUGCACUGAGACUGAUACAUUUACUUUCAAGCUUUCUCCAAAUCACGACCAAGAUAUUCUUUCCGGUCGUAAAUGCCCAACGAAGCGGGAAGUGCUAAAGACGCUUAUGACCAUAUACGAUCCUCUGGGCUUAAUUGCGAACUUUCUAAUGUUUCUGAAAGUAUUAAUUCAGGAAAUUUGGCGCGCAGGAUCGCACUGGGAUGACGAAAUAUCGCCAGCAUUGGCUGAGAAAUGGCAAUUAUGGUUAAGACUUCUUCCCCAAGUAGAAACGGUGAGAGUUCCACGCUGCUAUCGCCAUCUUACGACGGUUGAAGGAAAUAAUGUGAUUCAGUUACAUGUAUUCGUGGAUGCAAGCGAGAACGGAGUGGCCGCGGUUGCUUACCUUAGAUUUGAGCAAAACGGUGUCAUCGAAUGCGCCUUAGUUGGAUCAAAAACGCGAGUUGCUCCCUUGAGGUACCUCUCUAUACCACGUUUAGAGUUGCAAGCAGCAGUAGUAGGGGCUCGCCUGGCAAACAGCAUCAUGAAAUCACAUCGCUUAAACAUUUCAGCGCGAUAUUUCUGGACUGAUUCGCGAGACGUCGUGUGUUGGCUUAGAUCGGAUCAUCGACGCUAUAGUCAAUUUGUGGCAUCCAGAGUUGGAGAAAUUCUCGAAACGACGGACCUGAGUGAGUGGAACUGGCUUUCGACGAAAUUGAACGUUGCUGAUGAGGGCACCAAAUGGCAGAAACUUCCCAAUCUAUUGCCAUCAAGUCGAUGGUUCCGUGGCCCGGAAUUUUUGUGGAACAUGAUGCGUGAAUGGCCAUUGGAUAGAAAAGACCCUGGAUCAACCUCGGAAGAAUUGCGUGCCACUGUGCUACAUCAUUCACUUCCAGAUCCAGUAUUUCGCUUCGAAGACUACUCCAAGUGGAAGCGCGUAGUGCAUAUAACAGCCUUCACACGACGUUUUCCAUUAAAUAUAAGAAGGAAAAUAGCCGGAGAACCGAUAGAAGCCGGACCACUCACUCCUGAAGAGCUGCAGACCGCUGAGGAAUUGAUUUACUGUCUAACACAGCAGCAGAGCUAUCCGGAAGAAGUUAAGUUGCUCAGGGAAGAUAACGUGACAGUUAAGACACGACCACGCCUAUUACCGAAACGCAGCUCUCUAUACAAGUUAUGUCCAGUAGCAGAUGAGAAUGGGAUGCUACGUAUGCAAGGGCGACUGAGCAAUUGUCAGUUUGUAGAGGAUGCUGUUAAACGCCCGAUCCUACUCCCGAAACGGCAUCACGUAACGAAUCUAGUGAUUGCAGACAUCCACGAGAAGUACCGGCACAUCAACCAUGAAACAGUUUUAAACGAGAUUCGUCAAAAAUUUUACAUACCACGGCUUCGCACUGUCUACAACCAGGUUCGCCGCAAUUGUCAACGUUGCAAAAUCCUUCGUGCACGGCCUCAGCCGCCGAUCAUGGGGGAUCUUCCGGUAGCACGACUCGCUGCGUUUAGUCGCCCAUUUUCUUAUACAGGGGUUGACUACUUCGGGCCAAUGCAGGUAACCGUGGGCCGACGGGUAGAAAAACGCUGGGGAGUUCUUUUCACCUGCUUGACUGUUCGCGCCAUACAUUUAGAAAUUGCUCACUCUCUUACAACUGAUUCGUGCAUUAUCGCCAUACGUAACUUUAUUGCUAGACGUGGAUCACCAAUAGAGAUUGUAAGCGACCGUGGCACCAAUUUCAUCGGCGCAAGCCGCGUGUUACGUGAAGCCUUGUCGGAAGUCGACCAGGACAGAAUGAUGCAGGAGUUCGUCAGCCCUAACACAAAAUGGACAUUUAAUCCACCCACCUCGCCUCACUUUGGAGGUUGCUGGGAACGACUGAUUCAGUCGGUCAAAAGAGUCCUAGAUCAAGUGAAACCUAAACGGCUGCCAACGGAUGAAGUUCUGAGGAGUAUGCUGAUGGAAAUCGAAAUGAUGAUCAACUCAAGACCACUAACGCACAUACCGAUCAACGAAGAAACGUUACACCUAACCACUUUCUUUUGGGGACAUCAAACGGUAGUAAACCCCCGAUUGCGUUCAAUGACAGACCUGCGAUCGUACGAAACUCGUGGAAGAUGUCCCAGGCGUACGCUGAUCAAUGCUGGAAACGAUGGGUCUCCGAAUACAUGCCAACACUCACACGUCGGACGAAAUGGUUUCAACCUGCGAAACCGAUUGAGAUCGGUGACGUCGCACUCAUCGUAG